CACAGGGCUGCGCCGCUGCUUCUGGUCCGGGUUUGCGCUUUUAAACGUUCAGUGCGUUUAAAUCAGCGCUGUUUGUGUUUUCUCGAGUGAUGCUAUUACUGCGUGUAACAUCGCGAUGCUUCAUCUAACGUUAGCCUUACGCAUUCUUAAGUAAAACGCUCCCACGGAGUUACAGAAAAGACGCGUCUCGUUUCGCUCCCUAUAUCGAUUAGUUCAUAGUAAACAUUCAGUCACUUUAAGCAGAGAUGGAGGAACUUCGAGUGAACUGAACCGAACGAACCGAUUCAAAUGACUCGGUUCAGUGAACACUGACGACAUCUGCUGCUCAAAACACAAACAUUCAUCAAACGUCAAGUUCACUUACAAAUGAAAACGUACUGACACUGAACUGGGGAGCGGGUUGAGGUUUGUUUCUGCUCAUCUAAUCACGACAGAGUGUCCAAACACACAAAGAUGACAUCUGUUAAAGAGGAGAGAGAAGACUUGAAGAUUGAAGAGGCGUUCGGCGUGAAACAAGAAGAUAAUGAGGAGCACACAGACCAGAUGCCACUGAAAGAGGAGGGAGAAGUACUGGAAGAAACCCAAGGAAAAGAUAACGAAGAAACGGCGUCCUCACAGAAAAAUAGUUUCACCUGCCAUCAGUGUGGAAAGAGCUUCUCUACCAAAGGAAACCUGAAGGUCCACGCUGACAUCCACACGGGAGAGAAGCCUUACUCCUGCCAGCAGUGUGGAAAGAGCUUCACUAAAAAAGGAACCCUUAAAGGCCACAUGAGCAUUCAUAGUCGAGAAAAGCCCUACACGUGCGCUCAGUGUGGACACCGCUUCACGCAGCAGGGCAGCUUCAACAGACACCUGAGAGUUCACACCGGAGAGAAGCCGUACGUCUGCAGACUGUGCGGAAGGAGCUUCACAACUAAACUGAACCUCCGCUAUCACGUGAGCAGCCACACUGGCGAGACGCCGUUUACGUGCGACCGCUGCGGGAGGAGCUUCCGGCACAAAGUAUCCCUCCAAAAGCACAAGAAGGCUCACCUUCGAGAGAGCAGCCUGAGGUGUCAUCGGUGUGGGCGGAGUUUCCCGGACGGCGACAGCCUUAAGAGUCACGUGAUGUCUCACGCCGGAGAGAAGCCCUACAUGUGCCUUCACUGCGGAAAGACUUGCUCAAACAACACAAACCUUGGCGUUCACAUGAGAAUCCACACGGGAGAGAAGCCUUUCACCUGCCUUCGGUGCGGAAAGAGCUUCAGGUUUGUGGGGAACUUCCAGACUCACGGCAGAGUGCACACCGGGGAGAAGCCGUACGGCUGCGGCGAGUGUGGAGAGAGCUUCACGUACCGGAGAGACCUGAAGCGGCAUCUGCUCACUCACUCCGGGAACGAGGCCUAGUGUCCGCCGGGCGCUUGCACGUUAACUACAGAGUGAUCAUCGUGCAGAUGCACCUGUUCUGGAACCCGUCCAUACCUACAAGAGACUAGGAGAAGUCCAUUUUCUCAGUCCAUCACUCCCUGGUUUCACAGGCAAGGCUUAAGCCUCAACCCACACUAAAAGGUAACUCUGAGCUGUUUCAACUGAAAGAAACUUGCACUGAAACCUGGCCCACAAAAAACAGCACCCAGGAAGAAGGUCUCAAGUAAAUCUGUCUCUUAUAAGUCUCAGGAACUGUUUAUAAAAACUUAAUCAUUAAUCAUUUACAUAAAGUUCCAAUGUUUCAUUUCAGUGUCUGUACAUUAGUUAAUAUGAUACAUAAACGGCUAGAUUCUCUCUGUACUAUAGAAUAAAGAGAAAAUGGCAGAAAUUAAACUUUAUAUCGAUACUUUUCUGAAACAUUUAAAACGAGCAGAGCCCUAAUUUAAUGCAGCAUUUAUAAAAAUAGAAAACACAUUUUCUAUUUUUAUGAAGCCUACUUUAUAUAGCCUACUAAGAUGAAACAAUUUUUCUGCACAAUCUUUUGGUGGAAUAAUGACACAAUAUUUCUUCCAUGUUUGAAUUUUAAUAGCAAAAAUAAAGUUUGCUUAAUUAUAAAUUAAAUGAAACAUUUUAUGCCUUUGUUUGUUAACCAGAAAGAAAAUAAAUACACAACACAUAAUUUGUGAGAAAAAAAAAAACUAAAUCAGAUGAAAUGUUAUAAAUGAAGUUGUUUUAGGCAUUCAAAUAAUUCAACAUGAUAAACGGUAUUGUUUUUUUUUCUAUAAGUGUAGUACCCUCUGGUGUCUGGUGAGGGAAGAUGUUAAAGUCAAGAAAGACACAGGGCACCUUCUGAGUCUGUCCAUUGUGGUUUAUUUUCUUUUAUUAAUGCAAUUAUUUCUGCAUCUUCACAUAUCAAUAAACAUAAAACACAGGAACACAAGUCACAAUAUGCAAAAAAAUAAUACCUGAUCAGUAUCUGUAUUUUAGUAAUUUGUUUACACCAAUUAAACAUUUGGAAUGCAAUGGAUAUUAAGAAAAUGAUACUCUUCAUGUGACUUUCUCACCGCCUGAUUUAAUAGUUUGGCAUAGUAACAUUAUGUCAGCUAAAGAAAUACACUUUUUAUUCGUACAUUUAAAUUGUAAUUUAAAUCCGUAAACCAUCUAAACCAUCAUUAGCAUAUUUUUAUGGUAAAAUUCUUGCAACCAAUCAGUCUUUAUCAUACCUUUUACCUUUUUUUUUAAUAGUGUAGAAAUUUCAGUUACACCACUUGACAAUUCAAUUUAAAAUCAAAUUUGACAUGCAUUGUCAUGGACACCGAUAAAUAUUUCAAAUGCUAUUUUUUAAAUGUAAUACUCAUUUUCAUAACGAUGAUGAAUUAUCAAUAUAUUUCUGAGGUCAUACCAUUUGACAAGUACACCUAAGAAUACCCCACCAUUCCCUAAAAAAGUCACAUUAUCUGACAUUUUAAAGAGAGUUACUAACAUCAGCAUGAAGCAGUUUGUAUCACCAGAGGUCCUUCUCUGGGAUAUAAUGUCCUAUCACAUGAUCUUCUUGAAAAAUAUCAACAAAAUGGCUCCUUAAAUGAUGGUUACACCCCCUUGACACAAGAAAUUGGACAGAACAAUAAUGCUCUACUUAUUUACUAAUAAACAGUAUUUUAGCAUGGUUAGUUAAUCGGAUGUUUAGCUAAUGAACUAGUUAAUCUGAUGUUUUAUUGAGCAUUUACCAAGUUUUUUUGGUACACGUUUUCUAUGGUUACACCACAUUGACAUUUUCAGACUUGGUUGACAAAAAUGAAAAUGUGUGCAAUUAAUUUGGCUUUCUCCCAAGGUUUUUUUCCUCCAUUCUGUAUGGAUGGGGUUGUGGUUCCUCUGGCUUGCUUUGUUGGGGACACUUAACUUCU